CUCAGCAAGAGGAUAAAGUGGGAUCCACUGUCAAGUUCUGGGUCUGGUGAGGACAGAAGAACAGAUCUGGGAUGGAGGGCAUCAUGAACCAGACAUUGUAUGAUUAUCCAACCCUUGGGAGCCACAGUGCCUCCUAUAACACUACACUCCACAACAGUACAGCAUCUUUCCAGCCUUCGCUCUCUCCUAUGAUGGAUAAGAUCCUGAGUGCUAUCACCAUCAUCAUUCUCCUCUUCACCAUGGUAUCCCUGGGCUGCACUAUGGAGAUCCUCAAGAUCAAGGCCCACAUCGUCCGGCCCAAAGGGGUUGCCAUCGCUCUGGUGGCCCAGUAUGGCAUUAUGCCCCUUGCUGCCUUCUCCCUGGCCAAGCUGUUCCAGCUAGGCCCCAUUGAGUCUGUGACUGUGCUAAUCUGUGGCUGCUCUCCAGGAGGGAACCUGUCCAACAUCUUAGCACUGGCUGCCCAAGGUGACAUGAAUCUCAGCAUUGUGAUGACCACCUGCUCCACCAUUCUGGCUCUGGGCAUGAUGCCAUUACUGCUCUACCUGUACUGCCAGAGCAUACCCAACCUGAAGAGCAGUGUGCCCUACACUGGCAUCAUCCUGGCCCUGGUCAUGACCCUGGUACCCUGUGCCAUUGGCAUUGCUAUCAAUCACCGUGCACCACGCUAUUCUCCCAUCAUCACCAAGGUCGGGAUGUGUAUUUUACUCAUUGGAUCUGUGACGUUGGUCAUCUUGUCUGGCAUCACAAUUGGAGGCACAAUACUGACAAUCCUGUCACCCCAGAUCAUGGCCACUGCGUCACUACUGCCACUGAGUGGCUACCUGUUUGGGUACCUUUUAUCCAGCAUCUUCAGCCUGAAUGGACAAUGCAGGAGGACUAUUGCCAUGGAAACUGGUUGCCAGAAUGUGCAAUUGUGCGCUACCAUCCUGAAAGUGGCAUUUCCCCCAGAGGUCAUUGGACCUCUGUUCCUGUUCCCACUCAUCUUCAUACUAUUCCAAGUCAUGGAGGCCCUGGUGUUUGUGAUCCUAUUUAGGUGUCACCAGAGAUUCAGAACACCAGUCGAGGAGAAGGGUGUGUACAUGGCCGUGGGCAGUACAGUGGAGGUGAGGGUGCUCUAG